UGAUAUCCUCCACAUGGCUCCAUCAUUCUGCUGGUAACCGACGGCGAGGAGAACCGGACGCCUUAUGUGGCGAUCGUCAUGCAAAACCUCGUGAAGUCCCUCGUCGAAGUAAGCACAUUUGCGAUUGGAAGAGAAGCUGAUGAAAAACUUGAAGUUUUGGCAGCUGCAACGAAGGGUAAAUCGUUCUGUGUCCCGGACGGCCAACCAUUUAAUGGCGUCAACAUGGGCGCGGCGUUUGUGACAGCCAGUGCAUCCGAAGUGGAACCCCAAUGGCCCGUUACGGUUUUCCAAAUUGAAAGCAACUUCAGCACGGGGAUGAUGCAGAAUUUCACCAUUCAUGCCAGUUUCGCAAAGGACACAAUCAUCUCCAUUCGACUUGCUGGUUCAGCGAAACGAUCACUGAAAGUAGAGCUUACGGACCCUAGUGGACAGAAAUACGCUGUUUGUAAGGGUGUUCCCUACGGUGACACAACGAGGAUAGCCCUACCGGAGCCCGUAAUGACGGGUACUUGGAUGCUUCACCUAAAGAGAAACAGUACCGAUGAUGUCAAGGCCAGCGUGAGGGUGUUGUCACAACCUUCUGACAAUACUGAACCCAUCAGAACCAGUGCCCGAUUGAUUGACGUGUUGGGUAGACAACCCUCUCGGUCUGUCGUCAUUGUUGACAUCACAAAAGGGAAGAAGGUCGUCUUGAAUGCAAGUGUUACUGCCAAGAUAACUGACUGGCUUGGAGCAACCACUACCCUAACACCUCGUGACAAUGGCCAAGACCCAGAUGUGUACGCAGAUGACGGGAAGUACUCCGAUUACUACGCCGACUUUAUUGGAAGUGGAUGGUACAUCUUGGAGGCAUACGUGAGUGGUCACAACGUUAACGCAUCCUGCAGGACGGCAUGUUCUGCAAGCUCCAAUAAGCCCCUCAUUAUGAAGCAGGAUACCACCGCAUCACCUGCAGGGCCCUGCAAAGUGCCCCAUGAGUAUCCCAAAGAGUGUUGCGAACUGUCCCAUAGGUAUCCCAAAAAGUGCUUCCCUUCCUACAACGGCACCUUCAAGUACAAACCACAGCGGCAAGAAGAGACAAUCAACGGCACUUCGUAUAUUGCUGUCGAUGGAGGAACAUUCUAUGUCGACCACAAUAUCACCGAAAGCAUGUAUCCGCCAUUGAAACCUUGGAAAUUUCGAGUCUGCUGUGCGAGACCAGGAAACAAUGGCACUCUUCUCGUUGAGAUGAGCUGGAAUUGGGCGGGUGCACACCUGAACUCUGGAAAAGCGUCAUCAAUCGAUAUCCGUGUGAGUAAGACGUCAGCAAGUCUCGAGGAAAACUUCGAGUUACAAAAGAAGAUUGAUUCAACCCAUUUGGUUAAGGGAACCUUAGAACCUGGUGAAGCAUUCGAGCUUAACGAAGUUACCGUAUCGCUUUCUCGUGACUGGGCAGAAGUUACAGAAAAAUAUACAAGGUGGCAAGUUAAGUUUGCUGCUAGAACGACGAACUCCCUUAACGUGACUUUCGAGCUGUCAGAUGUAGCAGAGUUGGACUACUUUGACGAGAAAAAGCACACAUCAGAGCCCACAAGGCAUACAUCCGCAGAAGGUACCACAACAUCGACAGCUGGAAGCACAGCCACGUACACGUCAAAGGCGCCAAGAAAGGAUCCCCCGGAAUACACGGAAGCUGACAAGGGCAAUGAAUCUACAGGCGGACACAGCGCCGAAGACAGCAGUGAUGGCACAUCGACAUCUGCAAUGCCUUUGGUUCUGGCUCUUAUUGUUGCUGCAGUGGUGAUCGUUUCUGCCGGACUAUGGGCGCUUAAAAAGAUCAAGGAUGAACGCGAAGACGUGGUGCAAAAAGUGGCUUCUAUUGAAUUGACAGCCACAAGUGUGUCAGGGCAGUAGAGUUGAAAGCUUUGGAAGUUAAUGAACUUCACUCAAGACGAGACAUCAGGUAUUGUUUUCAGGCUCGCAUGUUCUUGCUGAGCCUGUUGUUUCACCGAAGAUAUUCAACUAAUUCGUAAUAUUACCACACUGCACGUGAAAUUUAUUGAAAACUCGCUGCUUCUGGUGCACCUGAGGAUCAGCGCAAAAAUAUUUAUUUCAGCAACUCCGUAAUAUACUUAUUCAAAUAGCGACAAAUGUUACAACUGCUGGAUUGAGAAUGUUGCUUGAAAAUUAUGCCUUUGGCAGCAUCCCUUAGAGAUGUUUCAUAAUAUGCUUCUCUCAGUUCCGCCACAAUAUGCACUGAGGUCGAGUUACUGUACGCUUAAACCACAGCGCGAUCGAAGGACAGUGCAUGCAAAAUCAAUGCGCCUUGUGCGACAAUCUAGAAAGUUGAAGAAAAGGGGGUCCACCGAGGGGCCCGAUUUUUUUUUUAUUAGUCGUAAGGAGCCAACAAAAAUAGAGCAUCGCUAGCGAAAUGCGAAGGUUGUGGGAUCGUUUCCCACCUGCGUCAAGUUGUUUUUUCAUCCACUUUCAUUUCCAUUAUUUCAUCUUUUCUUUAUUCAUUUAUUAGGCACAAGUAAUUUCCCCUAUGUUGUCUUUGGUGGGAGUGUUUGUUGGCUUGUUAUGAUAAAUCUAGAAAGGUGGCAUUGCUUAAGCAAGGACGGUGUUCAAUUCUGUAUAUAAUUCUUAACAUGUUUUACCAACAAAGACUUGCAGUGAACGAGUUGCCAAUUUAAUCAUUGAAUCAAUAAAAAAAAAGUUAACGCGCGAUAGCAAGCGAACAAGAAUGGGCAGCGGUUGCAGGAUGUAUGGUGGUUGCAAGGGGAAUCUGGAAAGGGAGCUGCAGGAUUACAACAAAGGUGAGAAUACCAGGCUUUAAGUAUUUCUUUCAUAUGCAUUGGUAAGGUGGCGCUUUCCGUAUGAAGUGGUUCCCGGCGCACGCCGGCGAGUGUGCAUCCUCACCGAACCACAACGAGACUGCCCAUUCGGCGGCGCGAGCGCUUACCUUCCGCGCCCCCGAGAGUGACCGUUCCGUGUGGUGGUUCGAAACCAAGGACAGAUUGACUAGUUAUGCCGAAGUAACCAAGUGUUACCGCUUAGCUCGACGGACGAUGCCGCCUCCCCACCCGGCACUCAGUCGGGAGGAGGCCAUCAUCCUAAGACAAAUGCAGACCGCGUCACUCCUUGCCCCCACAAUGCUGCACGUGCUUCACCCAGAGCUCUAUCCGAGUGGGCUGUGUGGUGUUUGUGCAGCGGGUCCGGCGGACCAAUGGCACAUCAUGUGGGACUGUGCCAGGUUCCCGACGGCAGCUACCUCCAGGACUUACCCGCCAGAACUUCAAAGUGCGCUGCAGUCUACAGACAAGGACUCACUAUGGGCCGUCCAG